AUGGCGCUACCUAGUGACGAUACCGACGAUGCACCCGUGUCCCUGUCCCAGCCAGCACCCGCCGGACCCAUCCCCACUACAGCCUGGCAUGCCUAUUUCUCAUACGGCAUAGGGCAUCUCGAUUACAAUGGUCUUGUAGAACAGCGAAAUCCAUGCACUAGAUCACUUCGCCAUCAGUGGAAUGUCAAGAGCCAGUUCUUCUUACAGCCUCCUGCCGCCCAGGGAAUGCCGCAAUUGAGCUCCAACUAUGAGAUCAACGAAACCGCGACGUUUCCGUACCCAAAGGCUUAUCAAGAGCUAAUGGACCCGAUACAACGACAUGAUGAAGAGCAUGGAACUGUCGAUGGCGAAACCUCACCUACACGACAGGCGCAGGCGGAGAGGAUCGAGUGGAAGACGACCAUUUCGACGCCUGUUUUCGGUAUCGAGCGCACAUCAGCUAUUGAGUUUGAGUCGCGGAUCCAACCAACAUACGUUGUCUUGGGUUUGUUCCUCCGCGGUAAUCCCAAUCCGAAGGAGAGAGUUGUGUUCGUCGAUAAGCCUGACCAGCUUUUUUCCAAGCUCCGCUGGGCGACUUUCCGACUACGUGGAAUGAGAGGAACUCUUCUCUCGCUAAAACAUUUAAAAGGCUUCAGAAUAUACAAGUGCGAUGCUGAUACUGGGACGCAUAAACACAUCAACCUCGAUGACAAUGGAGUCGCUGACUUACAGCUGUUUAUGAGUACCUAUAGAAGAUGGCAUGUUCCUCGAUAUAUAUCCCUAGCCUGGUCAGACUGGAUACACUGCACCUUGAAUAACAAGAGACUUGAUAUACUCGAGGGCCAAUAUGGCCUUGAGCUGGUACUAGACUGGUCCGUCACGCGCAUCUCGAUCGUGGUACUCAUUCCAGUCUUGCUGAGCUUGGCCAUCGGCAUUUGGCUGAACUCAAAGGCUUGGACCGAUCUGGCAACGAUACAGACUGCUUGGGGAACAGCUUCAUACAUCGUAACAGCUGGCGCUUAUAUCAUAAAAUCUUCUUCAAUGGAUGCCUUCCCUCAUAUGUCCUCUCGCCAAAAAAUCAGGUCAAGCGACGAUGUAUCCGCUUACGAGCCCUUCAACACCAGCCAGGAGCAUCGCGGACUCGGUAAUCCUAUUCAGAGACGACUUUGCGACCUCUCAGAGAUAGCAGCACUUAUCUUGAGCUUCUGCUGCAGUAUCGUUGGUAUCAUUUGUUGUUUCCAUCCAGCGACUGCAGUGAGCUUGGAGCAAAAGUAUCAGCUCAUCGUCGUUGGAUUGAUGCUUUCUCUCAUGGAUCUCUGCACCGCCAGAUUGUCAACUAUCGUCUUUCUGCAACUCGAAACGCGAUGGGCGAGCCUCCUCCAGAACUACGACUCGAUCAUCAAGAAGAGUAUCUUGGGUAGCCUUCUGAACGGGCGGCGCGGGAGUCAGCGAUGGACACUACUCCUCCCCGCAUCUCUUGCGUUCCCAUUACUUCUUAGUGUUGGAUACAAGAGCUUCGUUGGUGGAAAGGUUACAACUCAAGUACACGCCAGUGGCGGCCAAUAUGGUCUGACUGGCCCUAUUGGCUUUGCUAACUUUGCCUCUGGCGCGUCUCUCAUGGUCAACGCUACCAUCCCCUUCAUGUUUACCAACUCAUACACCGUGUCUGCUAACGUCUUUGGCUUGGCUUGGCAUCUCGACCAGGAAGCUGACAAGCAGCGCGACAAUGAUACGUGGUGGAACCAGCGUUUUGACUCAAGCGAUGACGACGCGCCUCAGAACAUAUCUCUUUAUAAAGAGAAAAAGUGGCUGUCGACCCUAUGGCCUCAAGAUCAAGUAGACCAGUUUUUCGUCCUUCUCACACCGCAUGUCGGGCAAUCGAAAGAACUUUGGAACAUAAAACCCUCAAAGGCACGGUUUCAGAAGGAAGCGCUCGAGUUGACGAGCCAACGGCUUAAGUGCACCGGGAAGUGGAAGAUCACUGCCAAUUCGGUUAAUCUUAUCGAGGGCAGCUGCGCUGGAAGCUUUGUUAAAGCAUUUCCUAAGAGCCGUAGUACUCUUCAUCUGAAUGAUGCGAGAUACUUGCUCAGCGACUUUGUCAGUGACCUGCUGACGGACAAUCUGAAUGAAGCAGCUCCGACAAGGUUCGCGGCCGUGGUGUCAUCUCUUUUUUGGUCUCGACUAGCCGCCUUCUGUGACAUUGGCUCGGCAGUUAACGAUUUGAAAGCUGGAGAACGUGAGCAGUUCGAGUAUGAUCGGCCUGAUAAAGCAUGGAAGACUGUCACGGUACUCAAAAGGUCUCCAUUACUUGCAAUUGUUCUUCUCGCCCAGCCUAUUGUCGGCUUGAUACUUCUUAUCAUACGCAACGCGUUUUGUUCAUCCCCUGUAUCUGGGGGCUUUGGACUCAUCAGUGUCUUGUCGGGGCAUAUGUUUGACGAGCGCGAUAUUCUUAGCGGCGUAGGGUUAUCUGGAGAUGUCAAGGAACGCAUUGAGCUGGCUGUCGAUGGGUGUGGCGACAGGUACGGCGGUAGAGGCGAGAGGGUACGCUUUCGGCUGAAGGAAGCAAGGAACUCGAUGCAUCAUGAUCGAAUGGAGCUGAGGCCUGGAGUCAGCUAUCACUGA